ACCUAAAGUACAAUUAAAAAGAAAACAAAACAAAAAUGAGGAGAAGCCUAUUAUUUACUAUUUUAUUAAUAUGUUUAAGUGGACUGAGUAUUGCUGGAAAUGAUAAACUAUGCAACAGCAAUGCUGAGAUGUGCAAUGGCGAUGAAGUUAAGAUCAACUCUAAAGAUAAAUUUGGACAACAAAUUGAGAAUGCCAUGGCCAAUUAUGAGCCCUGCAGCAGUGAUGAAUCUGAUGUCAAUUGCUCUUGCCACGAAAAAGUUCUUAACCAGGAUCUGGCUGCCUAUCAAUCCACAGGUGUCAGUCGACAGAUGAUCGAAAGUUCUGCUCGGUAUGGAACACGUUACAAGAUCUAUGAAAACCAGCUAUACCGGGAUGAGAAGUGCAUGUUUCCAGCCCGUUGUCAGGGCAUCGAACAUUUUCUUCGACAAUUGCUGCCCGUUUUGCCCAACAUGGAUCUAAUAAUCAAUACACGAGAUUAUCCGCAAAUUAACACGGCAUGGGGCAACAGUGUGGGAAACGGACCAGUUUUCUCCUUCUCCAAGACCAAAGAGUAUCGCGACAUUAUGUAUCCAGCGUGGACAUUUUGGGCUGGUGGUCCGGCUACACGAUUGCAUCCACGGGGCAUUGGUCGCUGGGAUCUGAUGCGGGAAAAGCUGGAGAAGCGUGCUGCCGCCAUACCUUGGAGUCAGAAACGAGAGCUUGGUUUUUUCCGCGGCUCUCGCACUUCAGAAGAACGGGAUUCUCUGAUUUUACUCUCCCGCCGCCAACCACAAUUGGUGGAAGCCCGAUACACAAAGAAUCAGGCAUGGAAGUCUCCCAAGGACACAUUGAACGCCACACCAGCCGACGAAGUGUCAUUUGAAGAUCACUGCAAGUACAAGUACUUGUUCAACUUUCGCGGAGUGGCCGCCAGUUUUCGUCUGAAACAUUUAUUCCUCUGCAAAUCUUUGGUGUUCCAUGUUGGCGAUGAAUGGCAGGAGUUCUUUUACGAUCAACUGAAACCUUGGAUCCACUACAUUCCCCUGAAGAGCUAUCCCAGCCAAGAGGAAUACGAAGAGAUUCUGCAGUAUUUCAGGACUCACGACCAAUUGGCCAAGAAUAUAGCAGAACAAGGCUAUAACUUUGUAUGGCAACAUUUGCGAAUGAAAGAUGUCAAAUGCUAUUGGCGGAAGCUACUCAAAGGUUAUGCCAAGCUCCUGACCUACGAGGUUCGACCAGAGAGUGAACUGAUUCAUAUAGGCGGUGCCAAGGAUGAGUUGUAGUGAUCCUCGAAUAGUCGAAUUAGACUUGCUUAGGUUUAAGUAAAAAGUUGUGAUAGGAUUCAAUUUAUCUCUCUAUCACUCCACGUCUCCAUAAAACUUAACUCAAAUUCCAUGUGCUGUAAAAUUUGCAAUCACGCAACAUUGCGAUUGCUCUACUUAAUUAUAAGUUUAUAUAUUUAUCUAUAUUUUUAUACAACGAAAAUACAUCCAAAUCCUUUGACUUUAAAGUCAGUUUAAAA